AUGUCUGGUUUCGGUGACUUCACCUCAAUCUGUGAGAAUGCGCCACUUCCUCUUUGCGCCAGCGUUGGGCCUACCCUCCCGGCGACAAAUCGUGUCGGCAUCGAACCUGAUUGCUAUGCUCGCAAUAUCGCUCUGGCCAACACCAUCAUUUUCGAAGGUGCCGCAUCUGCUAUGCACAUCGUGGCACUGAUAAUGACGAUCGUGAUGAUUCUCCAUGUUCGUAGCAAGUUCACGGCGGUUGGUCGAAAGGAGAUUCUAUCGUUCUUCUACAUAUAUAUGAUUUUGACCUUCAUCUCGCUGGUUGUGGAUGCUGGAGUGGUUCCGCCGGCUAGUGGGCCAUUCCCCUACUUUGUCAGCAUACAGAAUGGUUUGAGCAAUGCGCUGGUAACAUGCUUGCUUAUCAACGGGUUUGUGGGAUUUCAGCUAUAUGAGGAUGGCACACCUCUGUCGGUUUGGAUGAUGCGAAUCUGCUCUUUGGUUGCUUUUGCCAUCAGCUUUCUUGUUUCUCUUGCUACUUUCAAAGGAUGGGCGGGCCUGAACCCGACCAACACGGUAGGCCUGUUUGUCGUUCUAUAUCUGUUGAACGCCAUUGAGCUGUUCAUCUAUGUAGGCAUGCAGGUCAUCUUGGUAACUAGAACCCUGCAUGACCGUUGGCCACUUGGUGACAUUGCCUUUGGUGUCUUCUUCUUUGUGGCUGGGCAGGUUAUCCUCUAUGCGUUUAGCAGCAAAAUCUGCACAGCUGUGAGCCACUAUCUGGAUGGCCUAUUUUUUGCAACAGUCUGCAACCUUCUUGCUGUUAUGAUGGUAUAUAAGUACUGGGACUCAAUUACCAAGGAGGAUCUGGAAUUCUCCGUGGGGACACGUAUGAACAACUGGGAAGUCAAGGAGCUUUUGCCAGAAGACGAGCGCAGAGCAACUGUCUAUGCGGACGAUCCGUAUGGUCACACCAGCAGCUACGACCCUCCGUACUCGCCAACUGCGCACCGUUACUCUACCAAAUACUGA